CCCCUCAAAACACAUAAAGAUAAAAGGUGUACUCUGAGAAGUGCAACAGAAAAUGGCUCUUCCUGUAACCGAUGAUUUUGGCAAAACGUUGAAUGAUGCUUGGGACUACAAAGGCCUCCCGGCUAAUCGCUCCGAAACUGGCGGUUGGAUCAGCUCCGCCAUGAUUUUAGGUGUUGAGACAUGUGAGAGGUUGAUAACUUUGGGAAUUGCAUUCAAUUUGGUGACAUACUUAACAGGGGUAAUGCAUUUAGGGAAUGCAACCUCAGCUAAUACAGUCACCAACUUCCUUGGUACCUCCUUCAUGCUCUGCCUCCUUGGUGGCUUCAUUGCUGACACCUUUCUUGGCCGGUAUUUGACCAUUGCUAUCUUCGCCACGGUUCAAGCACUGGGUGUGACAGUAUUAACCAUAUCAACUAUAAUUCCAAAUCUACGUCCACCACCAUGCGCCGAGCACUCCUCAACGUGUGUGCAAGCCAAUGGUACCCAACUCGGCAUCCUUCACCUUGCACUCUACUUGACAGCCCUAGGAACCGGCGGUCUGAAGUCGAGUGUAUCGGGUUUCGGAUCGGAUCAGUACGAUGACAAGAAUAAAGAAGAGAGAGCUAUGAUGACAACAUUUUUCAAUUGGUUCUAUUUUAUAGUAAGCUUUGGAUCACUAGCAGCAGUAACAGUGUUGGUGUACAUAGAAGACAAUUUGGGUAGGCAAUGGGGUUAUGGUAUAUGUGCUUGUGCUGUUGUGGUUUGCCUAAUGGUCUUCCUUUUUGGUACUAAACGAUACCGUUACAAGAAGCUAGCUGGUAGUCCACUCUCUCAAAUAUCAGCCGUUUUUGUUGCGGCGUGGAAAAAGAGAAAGAUGGAACUUCCUGCUGAUUCGUCCCAACUUUUUAACAUUGAUGACAUGGCAGAGACUAGUGUUAAGAACAAGCAAAAGCUCCCUCAUAGCAAGCAAUUCAGGUUCUUGGACAAGGCAGCUAUAAAGACUCCAGAGAUGGGUGAAGACUUGGCCUCAGUAAGCAAGUGGGAUUUAGCAACACUAACAGAUGUAGAAGAGGUAAAAAUGAUAGUAAGAAUGCUUCCUAUAUGGGCCACAACCAUUGAAUUUUGGACUAUACAUGCACAAAUGACAACAUUCUCUGUGUCACAAGCCGUUACUAUGGACCGUCAUAUUGGUUCUAAAUUCCAAAUUCCACCAGCCUCAAUGACAGCCUUCCUUAUUGCUAGCAUUCUAUUAACAGUCCCUAUAUAUGACCGUCUCGUGGCUCCCAUAGCAGCCCGAUUGUUCAAAAAUCCACAAGGCCUCUCACCACUUCGCCGUGUAGGAGUUGGUCUAUUUCUUGCCACUGUCGCGAUGGUGGUGGCCGCCCUCACGGAGAUCAAAAGGUUGCAAGUAGCUGAAUCACAUGGAUUAGUCCAUGACCAAAAUGCGGUUUUACCAAUAACUGUAUUUUGGUUAAUCCCGCAAUUUAUAUUAACGGGUGCAGGGGAGGCCAUGAUAUAUGCAGGACAACUAGACUUUUUCCUAAGAGAAUGUCCUAAAGGAAUGAAGACUAUAAGUACAGGGUUGUUUUUAAGCACACUUUCCAUAGGGUUCUUCUUUAGCACUCUGGUUGUUUCUAUAGUAAACUCGCUCACUGCUCAUUCGAAACCUUGGUUAGCUGAUAACCUCAAUGAAGGCCGACUUUACAACUUUUACUGGCUUUUGGGCAUCAUAAGCUUAGUAAAUUUUGUAUUGUUCAUGUUUUGUGCUAAAUGGUAUGUGUACAAGGAUAAAUGGCUUGCUGCUGAAGGAUUUGAAGUUGAAAUGGAGGAAACACCAGGGCCAGCUUGCCAUUAAUAAGCCUAAUUUACAAGAAAAAAAGUGGUUUUUGUUGAUCUUGUGUAUGCCUUUGUAACUAUAUUAAUUCAGUCUUUGAAAAAGAUCAUAAAAUUUCAUAAGUCUGCUGCACAGAAAGGAGCAAGAAAUUAUGGUGUACCAUAAGCAAUAGGAUGACUUAAUUUUGUACAUGACCAAAGCACAUUGGUCAUAAGCUAAGGGCUCGUAAGAGCAGCUUCAAUAAGUGACCUUUUUGUAUCAUAUAAAAUAUAUCAAUAUAUACAACUCCAUGAGUGCUUUUUUUUUUUU